AUGACCAAGCUGAUAACAGAGACACCUGACCAGCCAAUCCCUUUUCUAAUUGAUCAUCUUCAGUCCAAACAGGGGAACCGCAGUCAGCUUCAGAGAACGUUGUCUGGCUCUGCUGCCCUUUGGGCAGAGAGUGAAACAUCAGAAAAUAAAGGAACAAGGAGAGAUUUUAGAAGUUAUGAUAAACCUUGGCAGGUAAAUGCAAAAAAGCCUAAAAAGUCAAAGAGCGACCUUGCCGUGUCCAACAUUUCUCCACCGUCACCGGAGUCCAAGUCAUUGCCAAGGUCAAUAGAGCAUCCUAAAUGGGAUUGGAGGACAAAACCGGAGAACCAUGAUUUUGAUGAACUAAAUCAUAUUCUUCAAGAGAGCAAAAAACUUGGAAAAGCCCUUGAGAAUCUGUCUCGCAGCAUUGCUAUUUCUGAUGAACUUGAUAAGGACACAACAGGUUUUAACACCCCGAUUCUCAGACCUCGUGUGAUUGGAGAAUGGAUUGGUCGUGAAGAGAAUGAUGCUGACCCCCUGGCUGCUGAGAUGCUGCAGCCACCAAUACCAAGAAAUAAAAAUGAGCAGUGGGACAGCGAGGAUAGCAGCAGUCCUGGAGGAAGCUUAAAAAUGGAGCCAAAGACCAAAGGACUAAAACAACAACAGCAGCAACAUAAGAAACUGCUGGCUGCCAUGCUUUCUCAGGACUCCUUUGAUUCUGCUCAAAGCACAGCUCCAUCUGUAACUGAAGAAGAUAUUGACAAUGAAGAUGAUGCAAUGGAACUGCUGGAGGAUCUUGAUGAUCUAAGAAUGGAAGGAGUAACAAGUGUGAUGUCUUCUGGGAGCAAAUUCAAUCAAACUCGAAGUGCUCAUACGGCUGAGCCUCAAGCAAAGGUCACAUUGAAUAUCUGCGCAAGAUGUGCCAGAUUGCAAGGAGAUAACUUGGCAGAAAGGCCAGAAGAUGUCUCCAUGGUAUCUCAAACAUCUGAGCCAGCAGUGUCAGACUCUGAUGCUCAAGUACCCGGGGUUGAAACACUUACGGAGGAUAUUGAUGAAUUUCAGAGUGCCUCUCAAGUGGCAGGAUCUUCUCAGACAGUUUGGACCCUGGAUGCCAUGGGUGUCAGACCUGGAGGUUCCCCAAGGCAGAAACUCUUAAAGGACUCCUUGGCAGCAAAAGAACUUCAGACCAUGGAAAAACACCUAGCUGAUAUUGAGAAGGACCUAGCACUAUGGGAAGAAGCAAGACUCUCAAGAAGCCCUACUAUCCAACAUCAUAGUUUAAUUACAUCUGACCAUCAAGGCAAUCUUCAAGCUACACAGGGCCAAAAUCCAAGGCCUCAGGUGUCAACUCAGGCGGGGAAGAACAUUCAGCUCCAAGGAAACAAAUCACCACCGCUGCCCAGUAACAGCAGAACACAGGUCUCCAGUGUUGCAAACAGUAGGCCUCCAACGCCCGGUACACAAACCAACAGGCCACCAACUCCAUCAACUCCGGGUAGCAGACCUGUGACCCCGAAUAGCUUGCUGUCACGGCCUCUUACCCCUAGCAACCAAGGAAAUAGGGAAGGCAUCAUUAGUAUGCAAAGAAGCAGAUCUUUGACAUCUAAGAGCCAAAUGGGGAGGACCCUCAGCGCUGCUUCAGGGCUCUCUGUGCAAAUGAGUGGAGACAUUGUUGGAACUGUCACUACUCAGAGAAGCAGUUUAUCAGAAGAUGAAUUCUUACAACAGCUUCAGCUUGCUCAUCAACCUUGGAUAUUGCCGAGUGACACAGAAAGUGAAGGAGUGGAAGCUGACCAAGACAAAUAUAAUUCAGUCCUGUGUGGGUGCUCAGCCCUGUGGCUGCCCAACAUUAGUGCUGCGUGA